AUGAAGCUUUGCAGCUUCCUCCGUCUGCGGCUUCCGUCGUCGCCAUUGUUGUUGUGGCUGCUGCUGCUGUUGUGCGUCCCCGGGUCACAAGCAGAGAGUGGCGAUGGGUCGAUGGAACCAUCAAGCUGCCCCGACAGCUCAUUUGAUGCUCUAAUUGAUUUGCUCAGCCCUGCACUCGUGUCCGGCGCCAUCAAUGCGAAUGGGGAUGGCAGUUUUACUUUUACGGGCGCGCAGGGCAUCACCGCCGCACCCGUGCCACGCGUAGGCGCGACCUUUAGCUUGCACUUUGAUGUCGCCUUGCAAAGGGACUCCUACGGUUACCUCUUUGCCAAGUCUCGAGGCAGCCUGCGCUUCUACGCCCUCUACUUCUCCGCCACGGCAAACAGCCUUUUCUUUUACUACGCCACCGACGCAAACGGCCCUCAACAAAGCGUCGCCGUUCCAGCCAUCCUCAACGAUGGCCAGCGACACCGAGUCCUCUUGACCCUCACCGACCUCACCUUGACCACACGUAUCGAUGACAGGGCUGAGCAUACAACCCUCCUUGAAGCUCCCCCAGCUGAUUGUGACAUCGAUACAGACGCCGACUGUCAAUUCUACAUUGGCCAGCGCGCCGAUGACGGCGCCGCCACAGCCAGUGUCCUGGCCAUGUCUGGAACUCUGUAUCAUUUCCAGCUGGCCCCUUGUCAGGCCCUCCUGGCUUUUCCCACUACCCUUGCUCGCAGUAGCAGCACCCCGGCCGUCACCCCAGAUUUAGCCACCGGCUCGAUCGACUCCACCCCAACUGUCACCCCCACGUUCUCACCAGACUACACGACGUCUCGCACCCCUUCACCAGGCUUGACAUCAACCAUGUCCAGCCGCACCCCAACCGUAACAACUGCAAGUCCCGGGCCCACUUCCAUGCCUUUGGUUCAGGCCGUUAUUGCCAACCCUUCUUUCGAGGACGAUGACCUCACCUCGUCGGGCAUCACCCUCGCGCUUGGCGCAUCUGGUUGGGCCUUUGGAGGCAAUCUCGUUGGAACACUACGGCCAACCAACGCCGACCUCGCGGUUCCCUUGACAUCCCCAGCUGAGGGCGCCCAGGUGCUUCUGAUACAAACCAGUUCCUUCGCUCAUCAGAUCUUGGAAGGCUUCCUCAUUCCAGCCAAGGGCCCAUUGACGCUCCGCUUUGCCGUGGCACACGUCCAUCACGUCUCCGCGGCCGUUCUACACGCUCAACUGCGCGCUGUGGACGGAUCCCGCCUUGACACCCUAGCUACUCGCAACAUCUCCGAGGCAGAGGUUGAAGCAAAUGGCGCUUUUACUGAAUUCGCGCUCCAAGUUCCUGAUGCCGCCUUGAGUGCCCACACAGGGCAGACAUUACAGAUUUACUUUAGUGCGACGGGCCCAGGCCAAGUCGUUCUUGAUAACGUACAGGUCACUUCCCCACCCUUUGAAAGCACCAGCACGGUCCCAAUGCAAAGUCCAGAUACGCCCCAGUCCACGUCUGCGACCUCAACAACAGCUACGGCAACCACAACCACCCACUUUGAAACAACAACAACAACAGAAGACAUGGCUUUGAACGUUUCAGUGCCCAUGCUCAACCCAUCCUUUGAGGUGGACGAUGCCCUUGCUCUGGGAGGUCGGUCCGUGCCCGGCGCAACGGGCUGGGUGCUGGUUUUUGGCAGCAUUGAGACCCGCGCGCCACUCGAGAGCGAAUACGCGAUGAUCCAUUCCCCUGCACACGGGGCACAAGUGCUUGUCCUCCAAGGCAACUCGGCCGUGCAACAAGACGUGGCGGACGUACGUCUUGACAUCAACGACACGCUGACCCUCAGCCUUGCUCUAGGCAUUCGUGCCACUGCCCUCGCCAUUCCACCAGUGCAAAUCAUACUGCGCUAUCAUUCGGGCGCCGUGCUGGCGAGCACCGUCAUGACAGCUUCCAACUUCCCGUCUACCGGUCGCUUCUACCCAGUUUCUCUGGUUGGACUGGUCGGUGAGGCAGGGCAGGACCAAGGGGUGACCGUGGAGAUUGUGACCCUUGCGCCGGUUAGCAUUGAUGUAGAUAACAUUGCCCUGACCUUACAACGGCCUCAAUCCCAUUUCCCAACUAGCGCUGAUACCUCGACCACCAUCACCAGCACGCGCACUUCAACCUCGCUGCCCGCCAGCUCCCAUGGACCAGAAACAGAGACCACGACGCUUGUCACGACGGCGGCGGCCACCCAAUCGUCAGCCUCAGCCACAACCUCAGAGUUUGGUACUGGGCACCCAAAUUGCAUCAAUGGCAGCUUGCAAGGAGAUGGCACAAACUACCGCGGAACCGUACAUCAAACUGCCAAUGGGCACACUUGCCAAGCUUGGUCUGCCCAGAGUCCGCAUGCGCAUAAUUUCUUUCCCAGCCGCUUUCCCACGGCCGGGCUAGAUGCCAAUUAUUGCCGCAACCCGGAUGGCAGUGCCACUCCGUGGUGUUUUACAACAGAUCCCGACGUGCAAUGGGCGCCUUGUGCCAUUUGUGCUCAUGAGCUGAUGGCCACCUCAACCCUCGCAUCGACAACAACGACAACAACCCCGGUGACAACCACAACAUCAUCACCGGCCAGCACGACCCCCGAUGAGUAUGUCUACACAAGCUGUCAGCACGGGCUGCUGAUCGGAGACGGCAGCGAUUACCGCGGUACACAAUCUCGGACACGAGAUGGCGAUGUGUGUCAAGCAUGGGGUGUGCAAACCCCGCACACGCACGCCUACAGUCCGGUCCGAUUUCCCCAGGCCGACUUGACCAGCAACUUUUGUCGCAACCCUGAUGAAAGUGAGGCACCGUGGUGCUUCACGGUCAAUCCGGACGUUCAGUGGGCAUAUUGCAAUGUGUGCGGCGCAGGUCCUGUGGGCCACGAAUCGACGUCCAACCCACUUGAAACGACGUCUUCUGCCUCCUCGGCAUCUGAAACUUCGCAGCCUGCAACGUCCACCAGCGCGCCUCUGGUUUGUCACCCGCAAGUCAAUCUGCUUUCCACGCUGGGAGUAGCUGGCCCACUGAGUCUAGCUGGCAGCCAAGCCGCAGCUGUGGGGUCCAGCCCAGGCUUUGACUCUACCAAUUUUGCGCUCGUGCUCAGCCUGGCAUUGCCUGAUACCAAUACUACCGGUUACGCUUGGUCCUUUGUUAAGAAUGGCCAACCCCUACUUCGCCUCAGUUACAAUGGUCAAGCACAGCACUUGCUGAUUCAGUACACCACCAUCAACUCCAUGUCUGUGCGCGAAGUCUCGUUUGAUGUGCAUGGCCGCCUUGCCGACGGGCAACGUCACUUAUUGACGCUAAGCUUCCAGACCAUCAUCGUCCGCGCCACUUUAGACGGCCAGGCGUUGCCGAGUCGUCUUUUGUACAACCUCUUACCGUCAUGUUCACAGGGGGAUGUGUGCACGCUGGUCUUGGGUGUUACCAACACAACUGGCCUCCACGGCCUAGCAGCCCACCUGCACUCAUUUCGUUUGAUGCCCUGUGACUAUGUUCCCAUUUUGACCACUUCAUCACCCACACCCACAACUUUGGAAAGCACGAGUCUGGACACGACCAUGACGGCUCACACGACAAGUAGUGAUCAUCCCACACACGAUACGACGUCUCUUCCGGCAACCACCACAACCAUGUUGACAACUACCCCUUCUACGACUCGUACAACUACCACCGCAGCAGAAACAACUAUCACGGCCACCACCGCAACAACAUCAACAACAACAUCAGCAUCAUCUUCAUCAUCAACAACAACAACAACCUUCAUAUCUGGCGACUCUUGUCAAGGUCUGUGUGGUGCAGUGUUUUCCCGGGACGCCUCAUGCUUUUGCGACGGGCAAUUUUGCCUAGUGCUGGGAGAUUGCUGCCAGGACUUUCUGGAUGUGUGCGCCGAGCCCGCAUCUUCGAGCACACCGCCCGCCACAACCUUGAUCGACUCCAACACCCCAGGCACGACGACGGCCGCUACCACCGUACAAGCUACCUCAACCACCACACAGAGUACAUCAUGCUUGGAUCGCUGCCAUACAAUUCAGGUCGAUGGGGCAACCUGUCAAUGCGAUGUAAGCUGUACAACGGUGGGAGAUUGCUGCGCCGACUACAACGACCUAUGCACCCCGACCACCGCCACCUCAACCACGUUCAUGCCGACCGUCACCACGCCAACAUCAGCAAGCACCACAACCUCCGCACCUGGCAUGAGCUUGUGCGAGCAAGAUCCUUUAGCCUUUGUAGACUUCCUUUCCGCCUCUACGACACCAACAUUGGAGCAAAGACCCGACGGCGCGCUUGAUUUGAACGGAACGCAGGCCGUUGAGCUAGAUCAUGGCCCUCCCGUGACUGAGCGCUUUGCACUUGCAUUGCAAGUGCGCUUUCGUUCCGCAACGAGCGAAGACCUGCUCUUCAAAACAAACGGAAAUGCUAGUAUAGUCUACUAUGGUCUGCGCUACAACGCCGUGUCUAACGCGGUUGACUUUUUGUACCGCUCCCUAUCCAACGUCGCCAACCCGGCCACCUUUAUUGGCCGUUUUGCGCUUGGCAGCCACACGGUGACUGAUGGCCAAGUGCACACCUUGGUCCUUGAUGUGGAUGAGGCUGUUGCCGUACUUAUGGUCGAUGACGUGCCGAUUGGCGGUUUGGGCUUAACACUGGGCGCCGACGGUCAGGUCCAAGACUGUGGCGACUCGAAUGAAAAUUGCCGGCUGAGUCUUGGUGGUCGAGUGAUGGGGGGCACGCCAUUCAACGGUAUCAUUUACGGAGCGCGGUUGUAUCCGUGUGCUGUUCUUGAAACCGCGCCAUUUGCGCCUGUCACCGUGGCCCCGUCCUCCAGCUCAAGUUUCCGAACCACCAUUGAUGAGCCCGUGACCACUGCAACUUUGGACGUGACAACAAUCUUCGUGACCACAUCAGAGCCGAUUGGUGAGAUAACAACGAGUACAUCCGUGCCGGCAUCCGUAUCUUCGACCUCCACUUCUGCCGUUACGCCCACCACGCCCACCACAACCAGCAGCACGACGGUGGAGUCAUGGAUCCCAAUACCCUUGGUCAAUGCGGACUUUCGCGCAAACGCAGUCGGUCCCGGUGGCAUGCCCGUGGCCGAUGUGUCUGGUUGGGAUUUGGUCGGCUCGGUGGUAACAAGUCGACCAACGCAGGCUGGCUUCCCCGGAACCAAUUCAGAGCUUCAGGUUAUGUCCAUGGCAAACGGGAGUCAAGCUACACAGGUUGUGCCCACGUCCAUUUUUGUGCUGAGUGCUACCGAUAUACUGCGCCUUGAAAUCGUGGUGGGCCGACGCCUGGAUGCUCAAGACUUUCCGACUUUACACGUUCGAUUGCGUUCAUCUAAUUCGGGCCUCGAGCUCCUGACCCUAACUGUGGCCGCCGAUAUGCUAGAGGCCGGUGAGGGCGUGACGCUUGCCUUAGCAGCUCAAGGCCUGGGCCAAGCCCAUCGCAGCGAGCUCUACCUCCACUUCAGCCUCAACCUCUACUUCCACUUUCACCUCUACUUCCACUUCCACCUCUACUUCCAUCUCUACCUCUACCUCUACCUCUACCUCUAUCUCUACCUCUACCUCGUCUUCGACCUCUACUUCCACCUCUACCUCUUCUUCUACUUCCACCUCGACCUCAACAUCUACCUCAACAUCUACCUCUUCUUCUACUUCCACCUCUACUUCUACUUCCACCUCUACCUCAACCUCUACCUCAACCUCUACCUCGUGCAUUCCGGUGACUGGCAGUGGGACUACCACAACAACUACUACAACUACGACUACAACUACUACGACUACUAUGCCCAUUACUAUGGAUCAAUGCUCAUUUGGCAGCUUGGCCUCCAACGGCGAGGCAUGCACAUGCACAGACAACUGCUUUAG